UAACAUUUUUAUUAUAAGCCUGUAUUUUGCUAAUAAAUUAUUAAUAUAUGUGCAUUUAAACAAUAAUUUAUUUGCAUUUAAAAUCGUAAUCAAAUUCAUAAAUGUAAUUAUACAUUUAAAGCCAUCUUUGUUCAGUUUCAGUAUGUUUUGUUGUAAAUGUGCUGAAGCUGGUCAGUGAUGGUUGAUGUGUGUGAUUUAGAGCAUCUUCCUCUCAGACUGAGUGGAGGCGAGGGCCGGUGCUCUGGGAGGCUGGAGGUGUAUCAUAACGCUGUGUGGGGCUCAGUCUGUGAUGAUCUGUGGGACAUCAGCGAUGCUCAGGUGGUCUGCAGGCAGCUGGGUUGUGGAGCAGCACUGAGGGCUGAUGGGAAUUCAGUCUUUGGUGCUGGUGAAGGUGUUGUGUGGCUGAACAGAGUCGAGUGCAGAGGGAAUGAGAUUCACCUGUGGGACUGUCCUCUCUCCCUGAAGAACCACACUGACUGCUCCCACAAAGAUCACGCUGGACUCACCUGUACAGGUCACAGCAAAACAUUAAGGAUUAUUAAGUUAAAUAAAUUAUUUGUUUUGAUUUUGAACGUGUCUGUGUCUGUUUUGCCAGAUUUGUCAGUGUCCACUACUCCUGCCACACCAACAUCAGCUUCUCCUCCAGUUUCUCAGACAGUGAGCUCAACAUCAGUCACUCGUCCACAAACUCCUCCACAAACUCCUCUCUCUGUGCUUGUGAUUGUAUUGGGAGUUGUGCUCUUACUGCUCUUAGUGCCACUGCUUAUACUGAUUCAGCAGAACAGAGUGAUGAGGAGAGGUAGGAGAGAUCCAGAGACUGUCAUAUUGUGUCUUAUUCAGUGUGUGAUCAGUUAUGUGUUGUGA